AUGAAUGCAUCUAGUAUUGCAUACCGUAUAACAGAACGCAAAGCCACAACAAAAGCUGAUAAUUUCUAUAGUAUUAGUAGAGCUCAGGUAAGCAAUAAUCUUCCUUACCCCAUUAACGUCGCCAGAAACGUCGCCAGAUUAAACGCUAAAACACAUUACGUCUUCGCUUCAGAUGUUGAGUUGUAUCCCAGCGAAAACAUAAUUCCUCGGUUUCUUCGUCUUGUGGAGAAUAUGAAAAAGAAAAACUCAAACUUCGCGACGAAACGCCAGGUGUUUGUGUUACCCGUUUUUGAGGUGAAGUCAGGAAUACAACCACCGACAAAAAAAUCAGACUUAAAAACUCUUAUGGAAACUAAUCUUGCCAUAUCUUUCCAUCAAUAUGUUUGUGACGUAUGUCAUCGAAUUCCAAAUCUGGAUGGAUGGUUACAGACUAAUGGUUCAAUAGACAGUUUGAAGAUUUUCAUCACCACUAAAAGAAAAUAUCAUGGGAGAUUAUUCGGGUGGGAACCCUUUUUCAUUGGGACCAAUCAGGAUCCGUUGUUUGACGAAAGACUGGUGUGGAACGGAAGAGUGAAUAAAAUGCAAGUCGUAAGUAAACAGUCUCGUUUUUAA